CAUAAAUAAAAUUAAUAUUAAAUAUUACUUAAUGAAAAUAUAUACAACUUAAAAUAUAAAUAACUAUGAACUAAAAUAUUUACACCUUAAAAAAGUAAUAAUAAUAAAAAUGACGAUAACCUCGUGAAAGCUGAGAAAGGCAAACAAUAAAAUAUCUAGACUUAGCUCACGAGAUUGUCGUCAUGUGGAGUGUGGAUUCGGCUAUCAUUGUGCCGAUAGUAGUGUCGGCCAAUGGGUUAAUCCCUAAAAGCCUCUACAUCCAUCUUACGAGGUUGGCGUCGGCGUUAGGUGGAUGGAUCAAGGGCCUGAUACAGAAGGCAGUUACUGUUACAGACAGUUACAGGCAGGCAGAUACUCCUAGAAACGGCACGUAUCGUGAGGAGGUUUCUGUCUCUGGAGCCCUAACCACCGGUAGCUUGGACCAUGCUCCCGCUACUAGUCGGCUCCUAUUUUUUAUAUUUUUAAAUAUUAUUUUUUAUUUUAUAAGUAGUAUUUAAAAAUGUAAUUUGUAGAGAAUUUUAAAUAAAUAUAAUAUGUAAAUAAAAAUGCUAUCUUAAGGCAUCAAUAUAAAUUUUCCUCAUCGCUACCGUGAGUGCCCAAAAGACUGGCAGCAUUGCCACGUUGAAUGGCAAUGCUUAACCUUUGCCCAAGGUAGUAGCCAGCCCUUCGAUCACCUGAAGUGUCAAUCAUCCUCCUUACAAUAUCUUUGUAAAGAAGAUGUGCACUUGGGCCCCAUGACCCUAAAGUUUCCACCCCAAACGGUUUAUAUUAAUUAUAUUGGUUUACAUUCAUCAUAUUUAUUAUCUAAGAGGAACAUUAUAUUUUUAUUAGGUAUAUACAUAUAUUAUUUUAUUCAGCACAUUGCACGGUUGUUUUGCGGCUUACUUUUAUUCGUGUUUAUUAUAGUUGAAAUUCGUAUUCAUUUAUUAAUAAAGAUAUUAUUUGUACUUGUGUUUUUAAUAUACUCAGGUUGUUUAUUUCAUCGAAAUAUACCUAAUAUUUUGAUGGAGGCGACAAGCGCCCUAGAGGAGUGCAUUUUUAAUCGUGAAGUAGGCAGAUUCAGUCUAUUUCUAUGUCUAGGAUUCAUUUUUGUCUGGAUAUCUCCUUUACAAACUUACAAAUUUCGCAUAUAUACAGACAGGGUAGGGUUAACAUGUUCAGUUCAUGGAGGUGUGGUUUACAUGAAUCGGUGUGGUGUCGUCAAAAUUAGUCAAAAUUCUUAUUAGUUUUUUUUGGUAGGGUAAAUAGCGAAGGCGCAUCAGUACUAUUUCCCCACAGUAUAAUUCCAUAUUUAAGCCAUUAGAUUUAGUCAGGUGCAGUGGGCAAUAGGCAGACAGAUAUAAGUGGUAGAUAAAAUAUUUGUAGGUAGGUUUAUAGUAGUUAGUAGCGAACUGUAGAGGGCAAGAAGCUGCGAUUUGUAGGUUGUAUGGAGUAUGGAGGAGAGAGGCGCGCGGCGGCGCAGCGCGGGCCGCUCCGGGGCCGGCUGCCGCCGCGCCGAGCCAAACACUACGCACCGCCCUCGCUCCACCAGACGCGACACAUUGCUCGACCCGCUGUCUACAGAGUACAUACAUACAUAGGUACUUGUGAGAGUAAGACUCCACAGUCUCCAGACACAGAAUGGUAGUAAUCUGUUUCAGAUCUCACUUUAUUUAUUUAUAUACAGCGUGUUCAGUGAACGUGUACUACCUGCUAGAUUAAACCGACCCAAUUCUCAGGACCAGGUGCUGUGCCUGUCGGUGCAUACAAAUUGUACGUGCUCUUAUGCCGUGGCCACACCAACGUCAACGUCAAUGCCGAUUAUCACGAUGUUUACUACGAUAAUUAUUGCGAUAAUUUUAACGCGAUAAAGUAGAUGGGUGGCUACACUUGAAAUUUCAACGUGAAUGCCCAUAAUGCCAAACGGCGAUGUGAAUGCCGUUGUCAAAUUAUCGCGUUGACUCGUGGCUACACCUACAGUGAACGUACACUAUCGCGAUAAGCAAUGGCAUUUCUCGUUGGUGUGGCCGCAGUUUUAUACGUAUGUUGAAGUAGGGAAUAUUGCGGACAGGAAGUAACGCCUGUCUCAAUUGCGUGCUAGGCUUGCUGUUAUCGCAUCAGGCGACAUAACCCCUUUUGAAGGAGUGGCUAAUCGCCUUCUGCCAGACACAGGUACUGUACUCACCGGACAGGUGGACAUGGAAGUUUCGGAAGGUAUCUAUUUCGCACUCGGCGGGGGGAAACGUCCGGUUAUCAUUACUGCGAGAACCGCCCCGAGAACAUGGUGGACCAUACGAUGGCGGUGUGCCGUGGUUGGGAUGAGUACCGUCAUGCUCUUGGAAACGUGAUUGGAUGCAUGACCUCACACGCCCUAUUUGGUUCAGGUCAUAGUGCGGAGCGAGGGGAACUGGGAAGCCGUCUUCUCCUUCUGCGAAUUAGUCAUUCUAGCGAAGAAGGAGGCUGAGCGUGUGAGAGAACGAUCCUCUUUACGCUCUAGCCGCCGCAGCUAAGCUAAGACAUUUCGGGCGUCAAGAAUCAUGCGACGACCACCAGCCAGGGCCACAAGGGUAUGAAAAUCCCGCGAGAUUGGGGUUCAAACAAGAUCUCGCCACAUUGCCAGUUUUUUGCAAUUAUUCGGUCGGUCGCGGCGAAGUUGCACAGCUUACCGCCCACGCUUACCGCACGACGAAGAAUGAAACUUGAAAGAGUUCCUUUGUGACUCGAAACUAGUAGAGCGUUUCUCAGUAUAAUAGUCACGAGAGUACCUAACCUGUCGUUUGUAGUCAACUGCCAAACUGUAGUUUACUACUUCUACUUUGACGUACAUAACUGUGAAAUAUUAUAAGAAACAACCAGUCUUCUCCUUUGCCGCCUUUGCCCGAGCUGGGAUCAAACCCGAGAUUUUUGGCAAAUUUGCUAGCUGUAGGCACGUUGUUCGCGAAUUAUCGUCAGGGAGGUUCAAGUUUAGUAGGCAGGUAGUCGUGGUGUUCCUCUUACUUAGGAAGGCGAGGAGAGGGCGCGGCGGCGCGGGGCGGGGCGGGGCGCGCGUCCCGCGGCAGUGGCGCGAGUGUGGUGACGCGAUGCGCUCGUUCGUGAGGGCGGCGACACUGGCGGCGCUGCUGGCGCUGGCGGCGGCCGCGGCGCGCCGCACUGACCAGGACUUCGAGUUUGACGAUGACACGGACGCCGCGGUCGCCGCGGCGGCCCCGGGCGGCAGCGGCGCGCACUCGCGCAGGCCGAGCCGCUACGUGUACGACCCGCACAAUUCGCUGUGUCGCUCACUGGUGUGUAAGAAGCGCGAGGUUUGUGUUCUGCGGGACGCCUUUACUGCGCUCUGUGCCACCAAGAAGGAUAUCUUACGGCGAGGUGACGUGAUAGUGGCCGCGAGCAGCAGUGGCGGGGCGUGGGAGGGCGAGCGCGACUCCGGCCAGGCGGAGCGCGACGACAACGACGACGACGUCUUCUACGACACGGCUGUGCACGACACCGACGUCGACCCGGACCUGGACGCAGACGAUGCCAAGCGGUACUUCGUCGGAUAUUAUGUUAGGUAUGCAUCGACUAGUACCAUUCUAACUUCUAACAUAUUUGCAGGAUCCGAAGGCUGCGCACUGGAUAAAAUGGCGAAUCGACUUCUAGAUUGGUUCUCAGUAUUAAUGGACGAAGCGGGGGCGACCGCACCACCGGCGGACGGGUUCCCGCGCGACUGUAAGCCCGAGGUGCGCUGGAUGUUCGCGCACCUCGACACCGACGGCGACGGGCUGCUCUCCGCCGCCAACCUGUACGCGCUGCGCCACGACGAGCGCGAGCGCUGCCUGCGCCCCUUCCUGGCGUCGUGCGCGGGCGCGGGCGGGGGCGCGGGCGCGGGCGCGGGCGGGGGCGCGGGGCUGGCGCGCGCGGAGUGGUGCGCGUGCCUGCGGCGCGCGGCGCGGCCGUGCCUGGCGCUGGCGCGCGCGCACGCGGGCGCGGGCGGCGGCGGGUACGUGCCGGCGUGCGACGCGCGCGGCUUCUACCGGCCGCGCCAGUGCCACGCGGCGCUGGCCGUGUGCUGGUGCGUGGACCCGCACGGCCAGGAGCUGCCCGGCUCGCGGACGAAGGGCGCGCCGGCCUGUCCCGGUGAAAAGUCUAUGGCGGACGUGGAGGGCGGCGAGGAGGGCGAGGCGAGCGAGGCGGGCGAAGAGGGCGAGGCGGGCGCCCAGGGCGCGCCGGACGACGACGAGGACGGCGCGGGCAGCGGGGACGCAGAGCUGCAUUUCUAG